AUGGCUGAGCAAGAAAGUAGCACCACCGCAGCUCCGCCGUGUGAGUUUGAAACCCGGCCGGCAGGUAACACCGAGUACAGCUGGUGCAAGGCGGUUCCCAGUGGCACCGGGAUAACAGUCUUAGCUCUCUUAUCAAAAUCCCAUGACAUUUCACUUCUCCAAAAUGCCCUCCACAAACUUCAAAAUUCCAAUCCUAUCCUCAAAUCCAAACUCCACUACGAACCCACAACUAACUCCUACUCUUACAUCAUUCCCUCCACUUCUCACCUUCAAAUCCAGCCGUUUGAUCUCUCAUCAACGGCUCAAAUUCUUCAACAGCUCAAAAUCCCUAAUCAUACCUCAAUCUCCGAUUUUCACCUAAUCCUCGAGCACGAACUCAACAAAAACUCCUGGGUAAAUACCGCCACGUCGUCUGAUCACUCCGACACUGAUGUUCUAUUCCCGAGCAUCUAUAGAUUAAGCGAUGAGAAAUGGGCAGUUACUUUACGGAUUCACACGUCAACGUGUGACAGGGCGGCGGCGUUGGCGUUGCUGAGGAAGUUGCUGGAGCUGAUGAGUAGUGAGAAGGGAAAAGGGAUAAAUGAAAAUGAAGGAGGAGGGGUAGAAUCGGAAUUAGGGGAAAAGAUGGAGGUUGGUUUGGGAAUAGAGGAAUAUAUUCCUGCUGGAAAAGCUAAUAAACCAUUUUGGGCACGUGGGAUGGAUAUGGUUGG